AUGUCUAUAUGGCACACCUUCUCAUCUAGCCAUCGGCAAGAGCGCAAAGAGCGCAAAGCAGGGACUGCCACCGCAUCAAGAACCACGACCCCAACACAUUAUCCAUCAUGGUCCCGAGGUCGCACGCAUAGCUCCAAUACAAAGUUCACAAGAGAGCAAUCAGACCUCCCACCAUCGUACGAAGAAGCCCAAAUCCCAACAAUCAGAAUCAGCGCCCCCGAAGAGCUAGAGUCCGAUUCUCAGUUCGCCUUCCUCAGCCAAUUCCACACCAUCUUCUUGGUUGAUGACAGCUCAAGCAUGAGAGGUGCACUUUGGCAAGAAGCCAGAGAAGCCAUCGCAGCGAUCGCGCCAGUCUGCACAAAAUAUGACAAGGAGGGAAUCGAUAUCUACUUCAUCAACCACCGAUCAAAUGCCCGUUCCAACACCAACUACAGUACCAAUUACGGUUCCAACUACACAGAAACCCCCGACCUCAUCAAAUGCCCACAAUUUGACGGCGGAUACUACAAUAUCAGAACUGCGCAACGAGUAAGCGAGAUCUUUGCCUCCGUCAGACCUUUUGGCGGAACAGGGGUCGGAAGUCGACUGCGUAAUAUCCUAGACCCAUACAUGGAUCUGGUGGAAGAGAAGGAAGAAGCGAAACGAACACAGAAGGAGGCAGCUAAGCAGAAAUAUUUCUCUAGCUCGGAGCGUCCUAAGCCGAUAGAGUCGGUUACACCGAUUAAUAUCAUCACGAUUACCGAUGGUGUUUUCACGGAUGAUGCAGAGAGUAUUAUCACCCAGACAGCUCAGAGGUUGGAUGGACCUUCUUGUCGUGCUAUUCCGUGGCAGAUUGGGAUUCAGUUCUUUCAGAUUGGGAAUGACCAGAUGGCUCAACAGUAUUUGGAGGAAUUGGAUGAAGAUCUUGGGAGACGGUGUAAUAAUCUCCAUCUGAGGGAUAUUGUUGAUACUGUUCCUUGGAGAAAUCGGGCUGGGGAGAGAUUGGAGGGAGAUGGGAUUUUGAAGGCUGUGCUUGGAGCUGUUCAUAAGAGGUUAGAUAGGAAGAAGAUUGUAUAG